AUGGAGCUAGUACUCGAAGACCCCGGAUACUUGUGUGCUGUGGAGCCGCGCAAGACAUUGGAGCUUGCUGACGAGAAAUCACAGGCCAAUUUUGAGCUUGGCGUUUCGAUGCUCGUGCACGGAUGGCAGAUCCUCACCACGGCCGUCGAUAACAGCUGGGGAGGACCAGAGUCUGCAGAGAAAAGAGACUGGAUCACCGCUGUGGUGAUCGAUUUGUUCAAGCAGAAUAAAGAGGUGGACAUUAUUUUGAUUCACGAAACUCUAUUUAACGCCAUGGAGGACGAGUUCGACGUCAUUGUCGAGGACCAGAGCACAGUCCACAUAGCCAGUGCUGUGGUCCAGAUCUACCAGGAGUGUCUUGCUGGCAAUUACGAUCGUGUGCAGACGAUGUACCAGAAAUACCUGCAGAAGCAGGAGUAUCGCAGGACUCACGGCAUCGAGAAAGUUGAGGUCCAAGACGAUAGCGACGACGAGAGCGACGACGAUAGCGACGAAGACAUGAUGGACACCGACGUGCCAGAGCUGCAGGAAGCCGCCAGCCAGCCGCGAGAGGUGAUUGACGAGGACGGCUUCACGGUUGUGACGAGAAAGGGCAGACGCUAAUCAUCAGGACCCACGUUUGACCGUGUUCUGAUAAUUGAGAGACUAUUUCUUGGAGUCACUUUCAGCGGCACCGGAGGCGCGUUGGGUUGCUUGCUGAAACUGUUCAAGUUGAACCCUUCGAAAUCGCCCGCUGCAGGAGGCGGCACAGGACUGUAGUUCACCAAUGGUGGCGUGGACUGCGUGUUGUCUGAGGAACCAAGGCCGCGGGAGAGCAGCGGCCGCCCGGGACUCUCUGUGCCAGACCGAUGUGCCUGCUGAGUUUGUGAGCUCAGCGUCUGCAACGACGCAGCACUGGACUUGCGGCGGUUGAGCGCUAUCGACCCGAACCGCCUUAUAAACGAGUCCGUCGCCAUGUCCACCGAACUCUUUGGCUCAGUAAGUGCGAUAUCCCGUGCACCUCCUUUAAUAGUAAAUAAUUUGACGUUUGUGCCGUCCCAGAUUCCAAUCGGCGAAAGAGAGUGAACCUCCAUUGUAGAAGACUUGCUGUUGAAGGUGCUCCAUGUACCGAAUCCCCAGUCGGCACCCACCUUCUUGAACGCUGAGAUCGAAUCCUCUAGAACGGAUUUUGACUUGCAAACCUCCAGCUGGUUGUAGGACCGACACCACAAAACAGAGGUGUACCACCCGAGCGACAGAUUGGACCACGUGAACUUGAGCGGCUCGAACUUCGUCUUGGCAGGAUUGUACUCGUUUGGAAGCUUCAAUGUGGCAAUGAACUCCGGCAUUUUAGCCCCGUUGAUCUGGUUGAUGAUGGACGCGGCGUCUGCGCCAGUGGCUGUCACGUUGGCUUCGAGGUGCCGGAUAACGUCCAGCAGGAUAGUCGUCGACUUGAGCCCUGUCCACGUGAGCUCUAACGGUGCAUUCAGUGGCAGUUUAGCCUUGGCCCUGAACGACAUGCCCACGGGCAGCUUGGGCCGGAUGAGGCUAUCGUCUGUUGGACCCCUAUACAGCGGGUCUUCCUCGCUCGUUUCUGCGUUCAGUGUCGGCGACGGCGAAUUCGACCCGCUGGCCGUCAUCCUUUCGUCCUGGGCCUCGUUGGUUGCCGACACCUUACGGAUUGAAACAAUCACGUUUUCGAAGAUCGAUUUAUUUUUCAGCAGCACGUAGAACCAAAUGGCGCAGUCGCUGGGGUUUCUGGUGAUCACGUGGCACAAACUGCGCAUCAGUAACGCGAGCAGGUCAAGAUGGACGUCCUGCUGGCGCAGAAACUCGACAGACGAGAACUUGGCAAUCAGCUGUGUCACGGCGGAGCAGGUCGAGUACGACAUCUGGAGCGUGGGCGGUUGUGCUGCGGUCAGGUCCCGCGACGAGGGACGUCUAUUGAUCGUGGGGACAGAAUUAGACGCGGCGGGCAUCUGCGGAACCAUGUUGUAUAUCCAUUCUAUCAUGGUGGGGACGAGAAUCAGCGGACAGUCCGACUGGAGCAUAGCACAGGUCUGGGUCACCAGAAAGUCUCUAUAAGUGGUGGGCGAGCCAGACAGACGGAAAUGUUGCGGGAGCGUAGCGUAGAAUUGUUUAUCGAACGGCGUGACCAGCUGCGUGGUGAUGAUGGUAUCGUAGGAGAGGAAGAGCACCAGAUAGGAGCACGUUCGCACGUGGUUUCUGUGUUUUUCGGACGACCUGUAAACGAAGAUCUGGUACAGCAACGCAACCAGCAGCUUGACGCCGUACUGCGUUGCCAGCCGUAUGCGGAAUUUCUUGUUGCACUGAUAAAAUUCCCAGACUAGCAUCACGAUCUCGGUCAUCCAG